AUGGAAAAAUUGAACAAACGUCCAUCAAAUUUUAUUUAUCAUUUGCUUGACAUCUUUUUUCAGCUAGUUUUAAUUGUUGAUCCAGGUUUGAUUAAAACAACGUCCUUCCGGCUUUUUUCUGUUAGCACAGCUGGACAGAUCUCAGUGUUUUUCGUUCACUCUCCAAAUUUAUACGUUGUUGGGCGAAAAAAUUGGACUAUAAAUUUUACAGCGGGAAAACCGCUCAGGCAAGAUAUUAAAGAAGCAAUGUUGAUUUUUAAAUUGUCUUGUACAGUUUUAGUUUUAUUUGGCGUGUCGUACAGCUUGGCCUCGGAAUGGAAAGAAUUCACAGAUAGAGAGAAUUCAGAUGUAAGUUAUCAUGUAUAAUAAUUGUUUAGGAGAUUUUUUCUAUACUCGUGUAGUUGCAUUAACUGCCGAAAAGCGUUUUGGGACUACCUGCCAAAAUUAGGUGAAUAAGGGCGCUUUCCAUUUAAUGGCCUGACCGUUCAGACCCGAAUUUUUGCAUCUGUAUCGAUGGAAAGAUCUGGUCUAUGUUUUUCAAAUAUGGCUAGCGAAAGUGGACCUCAUUCUAUUUUUAUCUAAAUUCAGUUCCGGUCAGAUAGGUCCGAAGCCCAAACGUUUUGUGUUCCAUUCAACAAUUUGACCGGGUUUGGCCGUGUACUACUCAUCCUUACAUGUAUAGUUGAUUGCCGAGGACGCAAUUCAACCCGUGAUCGAGUUCAGUGAAGGCUCUCUGGUAACUCAUGUCUGAUCAGGGAGCACAGUUACGGUCGAAGGGUCAGUUUGGGGCUUGGGUAUAAAUUUGACCACAAAUGCGAGUAAUUUUACUCGAUAUUUUGGGUCAGUGGAUGAAUUACUUGGCAAAUUUUCGAGUCAAAAUGUUUGCAGUGUCGGCAGAGUGUCGGUAUACUUUAAGACCAUGUCAAGUCCGUUCUGCACAUCAGUUCUGCUCAUAACAAAGGGGGACCCACAGAUGUAAACAUUGCCCAAAUUUUGCAUCUUUCGAACUUUUUUGAAUUGAAACGUACUCUAGUUUAUAUUCGUUUACAAUUGCGAACCAGAAAAGUGUUAGAUAUUCAGUUAGUAUGUCUUAUUUUACAAAUAUAGCAGUUCGGCAAAAUGUAAACAAAGGAUUUGUUUACAUUACGGACUUGACAUGGUCUCUAAAAUUCACCACAUGAUUAUGUACGGGCUUGCAUGCGCGUCUACUUGAAUGUACGUACAUAAAUUAUAAUAUUUAUACAUAGGUGCAUAUUUUCUACGAACCUGAGCCAUCUGUAUUUAACGGCUGCGGUUGUCGUGACGGUCAGCCAGGACGUCUGGGUCGGGAUGGUAAAGAUGGACAGAGCAUCGUGGGACCUGCAGGACGAGAUGGAACAAACGGAGUGAAUGGUAGGGAUGGUAAAGAUGGACCCAAGGGAGAAAAAGGGGACCCUGGCCCACCUGGAAAGAUUGAUACAAAGGUAUUUGAGAUUAUACCAGGGUUGCCAGAUUGCUAAAUAAAUAAGCCAAACAUUGUUAAUUAUAAACGGCCCUUCGACGUCUUUGUUUCGAACAAAGAAAACAAAAGGUUGUGAUAAUAAUAUUUGACUUAUUUAUUCAGCAAUCUGGUAACCCUGGAUUAUACCUAUAUGAUACUUUGACGAAUCUAUAUGAACAUCGUAUGACAAUCACUGACAUAGUGUAAAAUGCCUUAUAAAACAGUGUCUUCAAACAACCAUACGUCAGUACGUGCUCCUCUGGUGCUCCCCAAUGAAAUUCGGGCAGGGGGGGGGGGAGGAGAGGUGCUGCAUUGCACUUGUCUGGAAUAACGAUAGGAAUUACAGUUUUCGUGGUUGUAACUGUUCUUCAGAACUAGUUUGACAAUGUAAGAAAUUCUAUUUUGAGAAAGUCAAAAUUGUUGUUAUUUUUGUUGUUAAUGUUGUUGCUGCUGCUGCUAGGCUGCUGUUGUUGUUGCUGCUGCUGUUGUGACUGCUAUUGUUGUUGCUGCCGUGUUGUUGAUGUUGCUGUGUUGAUUGCGAUACUUCACUACUUCAGUAAAGUUCGCUGUGCACAUUUCCUAUAUCAAAAUAUCCGUGUACACACAUUUACUUUCUGUAUAUUUAUAGGAACUGAAUGCUUUAAAAGCUCGUGUAAAUACGCUGGAGUCGACGGUAAAUAGCAUGAAUAAUAUUUGUCUGAAUGGGUCAUCGGUGUGCGCAGAAAUUAUCAUAAAAUGCUUUCCUCUUUUUUUUUAACAUAAAUUCAGAUUAUUGCUUUAGAGAAGAAAUCACUUGCCGCGAUUCAGAAGGUUAAAGAUACGUUUGAGCUUCAGAUCAAGUAUCUCGAACAGCUCAUCAAGGUAUAAUGUGCAAUAUUUUUAUGAACUUUAGCCAUACUGGCAAGCUUUAUCAGUUGAGUAAUCCAGAAGGUACAAUUAGUGACAAAAUACGUGGACCGGUUAGGGUGAGAUUGUAACAUAACCCCCCUCCCCCCUGUUCAAUGUUAACUCUUUCAAACUUGCUCAUACCUCGUCAGGAAUCUAAAUUUUCCCAUUCAAGAGCCCGAAGAACGUCCGCAGACCUGAUCUCAUAUAGCUAGCACCCGCUAUUAUUCUCACUGGAAAAAAUUUUGAAAAUCCAUAGAAGGUCACAGAAUGGAAAUUGUAUGGACCUUUAUUGGAAAUAGAAUGGAUUUUGGUUAUCCAUAAUAAUUGUACAUUUCCAUAGAAUGGACAUAGUUUCGAAAUAGUAUGGAUAUACUUAUGGAUUUAGUGGUGCAAUUGCAAAUUUCAUAGUAUGGAUUUCACUUUUUUUCCCCGAGUGUCUAGCUGUCCGAUUUUGAAAUUUUUGUAACUUAUCCUUCAGUGUUUUGUUAAAGUAUCCCAAAGUGGAGAUUAUAAAUAUUCACGUAAUUCAGUCUUUGUCUGCAAAGUGUUUUUAUAUUGAAUAAACGAAUUAUCUAUCUAUCUCUUUGGCAGAGUGCAGCUGAAAGAACUCUUCUCAUAUGUCAAUGAGGCGAAAUAUAUGUAAAAGUUCUAUUUCCUGCAGCCGCAUCAAAUAAACGUUUACACAAACGAAAGCAUACGAUAUGAUAUCAUCUCUAUUUCCAGGAAGUCAAUGCAACGAAGUCACAGACACCAGGACCACGAGGACCUGUGGGGCCUGAGGGACCGAGAGGGGCACGAGGAGCACCAGGGGUGAAUGGUAAAGAUGGAUCACCUGGCAAGACUGGAGCGCAGGGAUCUCAAGGACCUCGGGGUGUACGAGGUGUUCAAGGUCCCCCAGGACAAACUGGUGUCCAGGGCCCUCGCGGAGAACAAGGUCCCAGAGGUCCACCCGGGCAGGAUUGUGCGAAUACUUUACGACAAUGUCGUUUUAAGACUAAGACAGUCGGAGCAAGGCAGAAGGAUUAUAGAUACGUGUACGUCUACGCUAGAGCCAGUCAGGUAAGAAAUAUUAUAUAAUAACUACAGUGAAACACGCAAUUUGAUUGGUGCAGGAUAGCCUGAUCCUGCACGGCUAUUGACGAGGAAUUAAAAUGCCUUCGCGGGAUUUUCGCGGGAUUCUCAAAAUGUCAUUGUUUCACUGUAGUUAUUUUAUAAAACAAUUACCAAAUGGUUUUCCAAGCAGGGUAGCGUGAUCCAUGCACUUUUGGGAUGUUGCUCGACUUCUUUUUACGCUUUCCGAAAGUUCUAAACUAACUUGUUGUUUUUAGUCUCCUGUUCAUGUACUGUAUGUUAUAUGUUCUGUACUGUAUGUGUAUUUUUGUAUAAAGGGCCCACAGUAAUUGGUUUACACUGUUGUGGUGUCCCUGCCAUUCUUGUCCAUGUUUAUUGUCUAGAUGUCUAUUUCAGUGCUGUUCUGUUACGUGUUUUUGGCAAAGUUUAAUAAAUAAAUAAAUAAAUAGAUAAAUAAAUAAAUAAAUAAAUAAAUAAGUCUCGCGACAAUCCUCGUGCAUGGAUCACGCAAUCCUGCACGGAAAAUCAUUCGGUAUUCGUUUAAUGUUCCUUGAUCUCAGAAAAGUUCAAGUAUGUGGGCGUGCGCGAACAUUUAUAUAGGGAAACGCAAUCAAAUAGGUGCGCAUAUUAUGCAAAGUUCAACUAUAACGAGUGGUACUGAAAAUCACUACCUGAGUACCUCUGCUCUAGUGUACUGUAUAAUAUGCAGUUGAAGAGUGUAUUUGUAUAUGGAGGAAAGUAGUCUCAUUUUUUAAACAGUUAUGUCAAAUAUUCGAUGUAAAUCGAGCCAAAAUGACUGAAACAGUUGUCAAUAAACUACGUUUCGUGAAACAAUCGUAUUUCUGAUCUAUCUCAGCUAUUAUUGGCAUGUUCUUGUGUGUUGAUCACGGCCUUGUAUCUUCUUCUAUAGAAUUACCAAAUAAUCGGAGGGUCCUGCUCCUCGCACAACGCGGCAGAAGGGAGCUUGUACCGAUUACAAAAUGGCGAGUACGUGUGUGCUUGUACUGGGAAAACUAAGGCAAAGUACCCGUUGAAGCCUCGAUACUCUCAUGUACAUCGCGACGACGACGACGAUGACGACGACGAUGGCAAAGAUUAUCGAGAUUGCAUUAUCAACUAUUGGGAAUGUCCAGUAGUUUGAGGAAUAUAAGUUCAGUGUAAGAGAAAUGAUGCUUAAUAUAUGUAAGUGGAAUUAUGCUUAAUGUAAGUGGAAUGAUGCUUUAAUUAAUAAAGUUUUUGGAGCA